UUGGAUAGAUUUGUCAUUCAGUUCACUGAGCAGCCUGACCUGCAGCCCCCUCAAACAUGAUUUCAUCUCAUCUACGAGUUUUACUCACUGAAAUUAGGUCAGCUUCUCCUUUUGAAUUCGAUUGUUUUCUGUCAUACAAGUGAAGCAGUCCUGGCAAAGUAAUGGAAUUAAUUUCUCUUCGGAGUCGCUCUUUGAGGGAAGGCUGAUCAAGUGAAUGAAAAGCGGGACGCCUUCAGAGACCGCAGCUCAUUUAUAAUGGAUAAAACACUGUCUACAAUAGGGAAUACAAAUAACUGGAUGGCUCUUUAAGAACACAACUGGUGACUCCGCAAGAUUGGCAGAAGCUAUUAAGAAGCAGUCUGUAAAAUAUAUCCAGGCUCAGCCACAUCCAAGAAUGAAGAUCAAAUACACAAUACCCAUUGUCUUUUUUAUGGCACUUGUUAUCAUUGAGAAAGAAAACAACAUUAUCUCGAGAGUGUCCGAUAAGCUAAAGCAGACCCCUCAAACCUCUCUACAAUCCAACAGUUUGUCCGACUUACUGCUGGAGCACAGUGGUUCCCGUCUGCCACCCGGCAAGAGGAACAUCACACUAAUGAAAUGGCGCCUUGAGGACUACAGUGAGCAAAAAGCAUUGAAAAGGGGCAGAAAACACAUCCUCCUGCUAGCGACCACCAGGACAGGCUCCUCGUUUGUGGGAGAGUUUUUCAACCAGCAGGGCGACAACAUGUUUUAUUUGUUUGAGCCUCUGUGGCACGUGGAAAAGAUGUUGACUUUGGAGAGUGGAGGCACUAAUGCUACGGCAGCAGCCAAGGCAUACCGUGAUGUUCUCCAGCAGCUCUUCCUGUGUGACUUUUCUCUGCUAGAAAGCUUCAUCGACCCCCUUCCCGUGGACCACAUCACCGCAGCCCUCUUUCGCAGGGAGUCCAGCAGCUCUCUGUGUGAGAAGGCUGUCUGCAGCCCUGUUGUCAAAGGGGUUUUUGAACGGUAUCACUGCAAGACCAGACGCUGUGGGCCCCUGAACUUGACCAUGGCGUCCGAGUCCUGCCUUAAGAAAGAGCACAUUGCCAUCAAGUCAGUACGGGUGCGCCAGCUUGAUACUCUCCGUCCCUUGACUGAGGACCCACGUCUUGAUGUGAAAUUCAUCCAGCUGGUUCGUGAUCCACGAGCUAUCUUGGCAUCACGCAUGGUGGCCUUUGCAACCAAAUACAAGAACUGGAAGGAGUGGGCCAUGGGUGGAAAUGUUCCUAUUGAUGAUGAUGAGGUGAGGAAGCUGAAAGGAAACUGUGACAACAUCAGGAUGUCUGCCAAGAUCGGCCUUAGACAGCCACUGUGGCUGCGUGGGCGGUACAUGCUGGUGCGGUAUGAGGACAUUGCUCGGUUCCCCAUGAAGAAGGCAAGCGAGAUGUACAGGUUUACUGGAAUCCCAUUCACUCCACAGGUGAAAUCCUGGAUUCUGAAGAACACCCAGGCCUCGAAGGAGACGAGCGGAGUUUACUCCACGCAGAAAAACUCCUCUGAACAAGUAGAAAAAUGGAGGUUCAAGCUGCCGUUUAAGAUUGCACAAGUGGUUCAGAAAGUUUGUGGGCCAACACUGAAGCUUUUUGGGUAUAAAUUUGUGAGCAGCGAGGAGAUGCUAACAAAUAAAUCUGUCAGUCUCAUUGAGGAUAAAGUGUUCAACUUUUGAUAGAUUUUGACAGACACUUGAUGCAGUAAAAUUUAACCUUCAUGAAACCUCUGUGAUAAAUUAUAUUUAUUAGGAUCUUUUAUCCUGAUACAGAGUGAUAUAUUUUCGGAUAACAUGAUAUUUAAAGAUUUUUACUAUUUAAAAUAAUUUGAAAAAGAAAAUAGACUGUUGAGCAGAAAAUAUACAUACUGUAAAGCUUUUACCUACAGAGGCGUCUGGAGCUUUGAUAAAACCUUAACAUAUGGGAGUAAAAUCGUGAAAACAGGAACAUAUCUUUGCUUUUGCACUCCACACAAUUUUUUUUUGCUGUCUUAUACAAAUGGUGCUUUCAGCUACAAGCCAGUCUCAUGGUUAUUCCUUAGGAAGUAUAGAAACAUCUUAGGGAGAGUUUUUUUUAAAACAGUGAUGAGCUGUUUCAAACAUUUCCAAGAACCUCAGUUAGUUAUUUUUGUUAAAUAAUUCCUCAAUUAACAACACACGCUGCUCUUAUGCCAAAGAAACUUGCAGAAACUGCUUUGUACAGUAAUGCUCAUAUACUUGAGAGGAAAUACCAGUGUCUCGCCAGGCAAAUUCAUUUUCGUGUCAUUUAGGAGUAAUGUCCCAUGAUGAUUUAUUUAUUUCUUCCCUUUGCUUAACGGUCAUUAUAACACAGUGUCUGAAUGUGCUCCACAGGUUUUACCCUCCCCUUAUGCAGGGGUGUUUUUGCACAUCUAUGCUGUAUUUGCUCUAUAUGUAUGUUUGUGAUUUGAAGAUGUGUUCAGGACUAUAAACGCCCAUCUUGUAACACAGACAUUUACAGUGAUACUUUAUGUUAGCAUUCCAACUGCAGCUGGUUUGCAGAAUUGUGCAAAGUUUGUCAGCAAGUCUCUUGGCUGGUGGAAUCAGACCUUGAUACUCUGGCCUGUCGGGCAUUUUGCUGACACUGAACGUAUUUUUUUUUUCUGUUGAAGAAAAUAUGUUUGUUGCAAU